GGAGGGGGGGGUAGCGUGCAGUUUGCCCCCUUGUCCCUGUCCCUCUGUUAUCUUUCACGUUGGUGUGUGUGUUUCUGGGUGUGUGUGUGGGCCAGUGGCUGUGAUACAUGGAGGAAGAAGGAAAAGGCUGCUGUUGAUUCCCCCCCCACCACCCCAGGGACUGAGCAGAAUGCGUGAAAGCGCCCUGGAGGAGCUCGCCAUGGCUGCGCAGCGCGCGUCGCUCCUCAUGUUGUUGUUGGCAGUCCUUCCGUCUGCAUCCGGGUGCAACAGGGGCUUCUACGAGAGGAUCAACGACAUGUGCUUGGUGAAGUUCAAACUGGACAUGGGAGGGCUGGACCGAGGCCUGUGGUGCAGCUGGCCGGACACCAGCGAGAUCUAUGAGGGGCUGACAAACUGCACUUACCAGGUGGCCUCGAGGAUGGACUGCUUCUGGCCCAAUCAGAUGGUCGACCGCUUCUUCAUGGAGAUUCACCGCGACUUCUUCCGCGACUGCGCUCUGACUGGCCGGCUCCUGCACGAGCCGCCGACCAGCGUCCUCGCCCCGUUCAUCGCCGUGCCGGUGCUGGUCACCCUGCUCAUGACCGCCCUGGUGGUGUGGAGGAGUAAACGCACUCAGGGGGUUUUGUAGGGACUCGAGGCUUGACAAUAUGUGUGGAUCUUCUGAGGGAGGCAAUGAUGGACUAUGUGGUAAAAGCUGUUUUUUGCAUCCUCUGACGUUUGAGGCCCUUAUAUCCAUAGAUAAUUAAAUAAUUUCCGUGUUAGUAUAAAUAUCUUUAAUAACUGCAGACUUACAUACGACUGUGUGUUGUAGAUGCAUUCUUUGGCCAGAGAGUGUCUGAGUUUGUGAAAAGUAAUAAAAUGUGUUUGGGAUUCAGGGGAAUUGUAGGCCACCAA